AUGCCACGACAGAUUGCAGGGAGGGUACUCGUUUUGGCGUUCAUCUUUUCGCUCACUUCGGCCUCUAUACUGAAGUACGCUCGAACGAGCGCAGACAACAUCGUUUCAAUCCAGGAUGAACACAAAUACUGCAUGAUUAUGCCACGAGAUGCGCACACAAACAUCGGCGACUCCGAGUACCCAGGGGGGGAGAAAACGUUCUGCUCUGAUGCUGCAAGGACAUCAGAUAAGCAGGGCCGGUUACCGGACAACUUUUGGAGAAGCGUGGAACACAAGACGGCUCACGGCGCAGGGAAGUACACUCAGCUGACUGGUUGCAUCAGGGUCGAGUCGACACCGCAAUUGAACGCCGAUGACUACGGUGGACAGUACGACAGCAGCGGCGGUCCGAAAGGACAGGGCAAUCCGGUAGGAAGUGUAUGCAGUGGCUACAACCAUUAUGUCGAACUGGUGGAGCCAGCUGCCAACCGGGCAUGCAUACGAUGCUGUAAAGAGGCUGACGACUGUCCUACGCACAUGGAUACGGACGGAUGCACAAACGUCAUACCGGGCAAUUAUUUCGACUGCUCCUGA